AUGGAGCAGCAGGGGAAGGCAAGCGAGGUCGACGGCGCCGUUGCCGGUGGCGGUGCGCCGCGCGAGCUUGCGCGUGUAGACACGGCGGAGGAUCAACGAGGGGGAGGAGGGAACGACGGCGGCGCCACGGGAAAGCUCAUGGAUGACGAGAAGAAGAAGACGGCAGAGGAGAAGGAUGUGAAGCCGCUGCCGCACAAGCAGGUUCCGCAGCCCAGCGACGUGUACAACCCGGAGCUCGAGCGCCUCUGAGAGACUGAAGCAGCUCGGCUCCUUGCCUCCUUCAGAGUUCAGACCACCAAGCCAUAAUACAUGUCUUCUUUUCUUUCCAAUUCGCGAUGUUGCUUGCAUGCAUCUCUCCUUUCUUUUCGUUAGCUAAUGUUUUUUAUAAAACUAGUGAUA